AUGCUCCAGCGCUAUCCUCCUCCUCCUCGGCCCCCCGGGACCAGAGGGGCGACCAGCGGAUUCUGCGUCUGCUCCACCGUGUCCUCCCUGGGCGUGGCCCUCCCGACCCUCCCGGCGGCCGAGGACAGCGGCAGGGGCGAGGCUGCCGAGCAGUCGCCUCCUGCGGGCGCGGCGCGAUACGGGUGGCUCGCCUCGGGCGCCGCGAGGGCGGGGCUCGUAGUCGCCUCGGCGGGGCUGGCCGUGGCGUUCGCGGCCUUCUUCCAGAUCGGGCUCGGGCUGCCGUGCAUGCCGCCGGCUCGGCGUUCACCAUCCGACUCGAUUCCGAUAUCAUGCCGACGGUCCGAUGCGGUCCGGAGCUUGGAUAAGCUCUACCCGCCCUACGGCCACAUCCCCAAGUCGGUGAAGCCGGUGAUCGACGCGCUGCAGCUCCCGCAGCUGCUCCACUCCGACGUCAGCAUUUGGGACUGCACGGUUUCGCUGAUGCGCCUGACCGCGGACGGCGAGGUCAGCAGCGCGCUCGCCUUGUGCAUGCUGGCGGUGUUCACGCUUGCCUUGACGGUGCUGGACAUGCUGGCGCUGGUCGCCGCGUCGGUGCGCCUGUGGUGCGCUGAUGAUCCGUCGGCCCUGCCGGCGUGCCCGUUCGUGAGUGUGUCGAAGGUGCUGAAGAAGCUGUCAAUGCUGGACGUCUGCACGAUGGGCGUGUACG